AUGACCGACCAAUUCGCAUUUACGUACCCAUCGCCUCUCGAGGGCUACGAGAACGAGCCUCCGCUGCCGACUGAGACAUCCGAGGACGGGAAGAGCUUGAAGAACCCGCAGAGAGGAGCCUUGAGCAAUGCAUACGAAACCUUUAUCGACCCAUUGAGUAAGGGCAGGAGGGGUGGUUUUGACAUCCACGUCUACUACAUGCAAUCACAACUAGAAUACGCCCGCCAGCUGUAUGAUAGGAUAAGGAGGGAGUUUCCCGAACUUCGGAUAUACCGUUUCUGGGAGAAGCCAGUGGGCCCACACCCCUACGCCAUGUUCGAAGUGAACCUCUUCACGCCGGCACAGUUCGGGGCCUUCAUCCCAUGGCUGGUCAUCUGGAGGGGCCCUCUUUCCGCGCUGGUGCACCCGAACACGGAUGAGCCGGGCACCUUGGAAUCAGAGAGCGAGCUGCGGAACCACACGCAGAGGGCGACAUGGCUUGGCGACAAGGUCCCGCUGGACCUGAGUAUGUUCUACGCAUGGAAGCGGAAGGAGCUUGAAGAGAAGCAGAAAAGUGGAAAGGAGGCUGCGUGA